AUUUUUUAAUCAGACGGGUUCGGGUCCACAACCCAGAAACUAAAACAGAGGAUUAAAAAAAACUGCGAAAACAAGCAAAAUGAAAACCAUGACCGAAACCGAAAACCCACAAACCGCCAACAGCAUUCAACCUUGAAAGAUCAAGACGAUAGGAACCAACAGCCACCAUCCUCAUCGCCUCAAACUCCCACACACAGUCACACACUAUAAAUUACAAGAAAAACAAAUCAGAUUAACCAACCAAAAGCAAAAAAGCAAAAAGAUAAACACUUGUUUCUUUAGAUUCAAAAUUGAAGCAUUUGUCAAUCAGGAAAAUAUUCGAUGGCUGAGGUAGCAGCUGGAGAGAGAAAGGGACGCAAGAUUCUGGUGGCGGUGGAUGAAGGUGAAGAGAGCGGGUAUGCUCUGAGGUGGUGUCUCAACAACAUUGUGAAUCAAGAUUCCAAAGAUGCACUUGUCCUCCUCUUCGCCAAACCUCCACGCCCUGUUUACUCUGCUCUUGAUGGAUCCGGGUAUUUGUUUUCUGCAGAUAUAUUGGAAACAAUGGAAAGGUACAGCAAUGAAGUGGCAGAUCAAGUUAUGGAGAAAGCCAAGAACUCUUGUGCUGGGUUGAAUGACGACGUAAGCCUUUCUUCUUCUUCUUUUCUUAGUUUUCUUGGCGGGGAAUUGGGUAAUUUUGUAGAUGAACUGAAUGAACUGGAACUAAUUUGGGAGUUCGUUCUUUCCCCUCGUAAUUGCGGCGUACAGAUUAAGGUGGAGACGAAGGUCGUAAAUGGAGAUCCAAGGGACGUAAUUUGCCAAGUUGCGGAGAGGCUAAAUGUUGACCUUGUUGUCAUGGGAAGCCAUGGCUAUGGCCUCAUCAAGAGGGCGUUCCUGGGAAGCGUGAGCAAUCACUGUGCACAAAAUCUCAAGUGCCCGGUGCUGAUCGUGAAGAAGCCAAAAUCCCAUGACUAGUCUACCUAGUGGUUCAAAUGUAUUUGGUGGAUGUUUUAUUCCUUGUGAUUGUAUCUUCCACUUUCGCAUGUUUGAACUUUGAAAUGGUGAUUUUGCGAAUGUAAUGAGAGUUUUUCAGUUCUGUUUGUAAUUUGUAUAAUUGUAUUGUACGUUUCUAACGUGUAUCUCUUUGUUUUUUUUGAACGUAUACUUUUUUCCUUUCCUUAAAAUUGUGAAUACCAUUUAUGUACUAAAGUCUACACUCUGAAGUUCAU